AGCCGCUUAGAGGGCUCUCCUCCAAACUCCAUCAUUCAACAAUCCAUUCCAAACAGCUGGCAUGGAUUUCAAAAAUUCUUAUGCAACUCUAGUUAAGGGUGUCCCUUCUUUUGACUUUAGUGGAGGGUUCCAGCCUUGUGAGCUUCUGCUCACAGGAGAUAAAGCUUUCCCUGUCCUUGCGAGUGCAAAUGGGCAAGUGCUAAUUGCUGCAUCCCAGUACGGGGAGGGGCGCAUGGUAGUUGUCUCCCAUGAAGAUGUCCUGAAAACUCCCCAGUUCUUGCCAUUCAUUAGAAAUGUUUUGCAGUGGCUCAAGCCCUCAGUGGCAUCGCAGGUGGGUGUCCAUGCAAGCUUGGAUUCCCUCUCUCAAAUGCUCCUCCGUGAUGGCGUGAAAGUGCAGGCGGGGGCAGCGCUGGGGUCUUCCCUGGGAGUCUACUGCGCAGAUGCCUAUGAGGAGGUGCACGCAGACGACCUUGUGCAGUUUGUGAAGAGCGGCGGGGGCCUGCUUAUCGCAGGGCAGGCCUGGCACUGGGGAAGUCAACAUGGCAUGAAGAACACGCUGCUUGGGUUCCCUGGCAACCGGGUGGCGAGUGUGGCUGGUGUGUACUUCACUGGCAACGUUGGAGGCAAGGGGAUCUUCCCUGUGUCCGCACAAAUGCCGAGGAUUCCACUUAUCACCCAGCAUGGAUUAGAUAUCCAAAGUGAUUUAACAGCUCUUCUCAAUGGAUUGAAAGAAUUCAAGAUACAGGAUGGCGUUCCAUCUGAGCUGCUAAUCCAUGGAGUCUUGGCAUUUCCAGUUGCCAUAGAUGAUGCUCACCAGUCAUUUCUUGCAGCUGCUCACUAUGGGAGGGGACGGGUUAUCGUAAGUGCUCAUGAAAACCUAUUUAGCACACCAUCCAUGAAACCUUUCAUCAUCAAUGCAAUCCGGUGGCUUAGUUCUGGGAAGGGAGGAAAGGUUGGUGUUGGAGAUUAUCUCCAGGACCUUCACUCCAUGCUAGGUCAAGCAAAGAUCACAUCUGAGCUAACAGACCUUAAAGAUGGCCUCAGCGUGUAUUGCUGUACAGCCUACUAUGACACAGAGGUGGAAAAAAUCCAAGAGUUUGUCUCUGAAGGAGGUGGUCUCCUGAUUGGCGGGCAAGCCUGGUCAAGUGCUGAUGAAAAUCCUGGUUCCAGUAUUAUUGCUGAGUUUCCGGGAAACAAAAUACUGGAGAAAUUUGGAAUUGGAAUCCUUGAGAAUCCCAUCAGCUCAUCUGAUAAAAGCUUCCCAGCUAGACAGGCCAGAGAAGUUGCUUUGGCAUAUCACUUCCGGAAAGCGUUCUUUCAAUUCCAGCAACACAUUCAGAACCGUCAAGCUCUGAAGUCGCCAUAUUCCUCAUGGCUUAAGAAGCUAGGACAAGAUUUGGUCACACUGAUAAAGAUACCAGCUGCUGACUCCCCAUCUAUAUUCUCUGUGCAUGAAGAUCUGAUGGAGCUGAUGAAGUCCAGGGGAAUUCCUGAGAUCAGUGCAAGCAACCCCAUCAAAUCCAGUUCAGAGGAGGCAUUUUUUAUCAGGCUGGCUUCAGAGCUCUACAAUGUUUCCCCAGAAUUCCAGAAGCUAGCGCCCAGCCUGAAUCAACAGCUUGGAGCAACUUACCCUAUUUCCCCUCCUCAAACUAUCAGAAUAAAUGGAAAGAAUAAUGGAAAUGAAGCAUGGAGAAGCACGGGCCUCUAUUUCCCCCCAAUGAAAACAGCCAGCUUGCUAUUUCCCUACAAUGCCAUUGGUGCUAAAUUACAGGUGCAGAUUGGUUGUCAUUCGGAUGACAUAAGUGAUGCCGAGGAGCUGAAACGUGCUCCCGUAGUAACAAGGAGGUUUGAAGUGAAGGCUCAGAGGGUGCAAGUCUCCAGCUUGUGGGGUGGCCUCUUAUACAUCAUUGUGCCAGAGAAGUCAUCGGUGGGCCUGAUCUCUGUUACCAUCGAAGGAGCAGUCCAGGCACCUUAUUACAAACAUGGUGAAACCAGCACGUCUGCCUGGCAGAACACUAUCCGCCACUUUCCUGCUCCCUGGGCUGAGCUAGAAACAGCAAACGUUAUUUUGACAGUGCCAGCAGACAAUGUGCGGACUAUGGACAAUCCUGGGAUUCUUCUCACCAUCUGGGACGACAUGAUGAAGGCAGUGGCCAAGUUAGCAUCCGUCCCUGCUGUUUUCCCCAGGCCAGAGAGAAUUGUGGCAGAUGUUCAAAUAUCAGUUGGCAAGUACAAUAUUUACAAAUUCAUACAUUAUGUGGCUGAAAGUGGCAUUUUGCACAAUGCAGCAGUUUUGAGACAAGCAGCCCAGAGGGCACUGGUGUGCUAGAAACUUAAGCUAGCUG